GGGGGGAGGGGUGGAAAAGGGGGAGGAGGAGCCCACGGCGCCCGGAGUCUGUAUCCCGAGCUCAGGCCGCAUUUCAGACCAGGUGGAGGUGAGGGAGGAGGCCCCACAACGACUGGGAGCUUCACGGUCAACUAUGAUGGACACUGUAGAAGAAGAAAACUUCGCGCUGGCCAUUUCUUCCGCUUCUGAUGCAGAAUUUGAUGCUGUAGUUGGAUGUAUAGAGGACAUUAUCAUGGAUGGCGAGUUCCAGUUAUUACAGAGAAACUUCAUGGAAAAGUACUACCAAGAGUUCGAAGACACAGAAGAAAACAAACUCAUCUAUACGCCUAUUUUUAAUGAAUAUAUCUCUUUGGUCGAAAAAUAUAUUGAGGAACAGCUGCUUGAGAGGAUUCCUGGGUUUAACAUGGCCACUUUCACUACGACAUUGCAACAGCAUAAAGAUGAAGUAGCAGGUGAUAUAUUUGACAUGCUGCUCACAUUUACGGAUUUCCUGGCCUUCAAAGAAAUGUUUUUGGACUACAGAGCUGAAAAAGAAGGCCGAAGUCUAGACUUAAGCAGUGGUUUAGUGGUGACAUCAUUAUGCAAGUCAUCUUCCAUACCUGCUUCCCAGAACGAUUUACGGCACUAGUUCACAUUCUCUGGAUGAGAGUUUAUCGUCUUGGACAUUCCAAACUUGAAGGAUGGUGAGUGACUGCAGCGUGAUGAACAACAUGCCCAGUGAUUGGGGAAUACAGCUGGAAAAGACUGACCUUGUUCUGGUGCUUUUAAUUAAUGUUAAAUGUAGAGUGAUCAUAAAGAACUCUGCUGGAAUAUUGGCUUCUCACAAAAUAUCCCCAUUAGCCCUAGUACACCAGCCAAAGUGACCUCAGCCCCCAGGUGCUUAUGACAGAGUUAGGGAAAGAAAAUUUGUGUGUGUGUGUGUGUGUGUGUGUGUGUGUGUAUACACUUGUGCACACUUUGGAGUGAAAUUACAUUGCCCAUUUCAGUUGUUGCUCCCUUUCAGUAUGUUGGGGGUAGGGGACCCAGAAGGAGCAUGUUAGCAGCACAUGUUUCUCUUAAAUCAUAACAUCACAACUCAUGUUUCCCAUCCCAAACACGGACAGGUUUUCCACUCACAUCUUUGUGACACAAGGCUGUCUUUUCCUGGUAUACAUUUCAACCUAAGGAAUCCUAUUCCUAUAUGUUUUAUGGUAUCUUUUUGACAGUGUUUGUUCAUCUAGGGACAAUUAUUCAAACCCAGCUCAUUUUCUUAGAGAUUUAUGAAGUUGAUGUUUUAACUUUCUCUCUACUGUAUUAGCAAUGUUGAGGAACACAAGGUUUAACUGAGAGUUUUUCCCCAAACUAAAAUGUUUGCCUAGAAGUAAAAUAUAUAAACCAACUCAUAGUCUUAGGUUUGUAAAAAUCUUGUGACCUCAGCAUGACCUUGUGCUUGUCCUUAUAGUAGCAGUCUCAUUUUGUCUAGCCAAAGCACCCUUUGAGAAUCUACUAACAGUGUACAUUUUCGCAGCAAAUUCUAAGAUCUUGUGAAUUUGGUUUGGGCGCUUCCGUGAAUGUCCAGUUAGGAAGAAGGCUAAGUGUUAUGUUGUAAAACUUUUUAGGUUUAAGCUAUUCUUGGGUGAAAAGUUAUCCUACGUUGUUACUCCAUUUCUUCUAGAAACCCUACAGAUUACAUACUGAGGUCUGAUUUAUAUUGAAAAGGAGGGACUGAAAUGUGUGCUUUUUUCAUAAUGUUUCCAUGGUUAAUAUAAAUUUGUUAAAGUCCUAUGCAUCAGAGAUCAGUUUUUCCUGCAAAAGAGUGUGAGUCCUAAACUUGUUAAUAUUCUCUCUCCUCGUAAAACCUCUCCUCCCAAGAUGGUGUUCCAUUGGUCCACAUGAGUGAAUAAGAUGAGGAGGAAGUAGGCAAAAGCUUGAAUUAUCAUGUCUGCUUUUUUCAGUUUAGAAAAAUACUCAGUUUUUCUAAAAAGCAAAGCUCUAAAAGCAAAGCUUGAAUUAUCAUCUCUGCUUUAUUCAGUUUAGGAAAAUGUUCAGUUUCUCUAAUAAUUGUCAAGGUACUGAUAAGAAAAUGCAUAUGUCAAAACACUUUGGAGAAUAGAAAAGAUGUAAGUGGCUACCUGACCUUUAAAUCAAAAACAAGACUAUUGAAUUUUAAUUUGACUGUUCCAAUUUUAAGGCAUGGACUGAAGAUUAUAUCUUUUAAAAAUGUAUAUAUAUAUAUAUAUGGAUACAUUUAUAUACAUAUAUACAUGUGUGUCAUGUUUUGAGAAACAUGGCUUGGGUUGAUUUUUUUUUUUUUUACCAUAAGUGUAAUCUGACACACUUUGCCAGAACAUCAGAUACUCCAAUAUUAAAGAUCAUUCUUUCUUUAA